UCCAAAACCGGGCCAGCCAAGGAACGUGACGGUGGUUGAGAUACCAAAUGGUUUCCUGAUUUCGUGGCAGGUUCCACUAGAACGGGCUCAUCUGGUGCAGUUUUACACGAUAAAGUAUCGAACCGAUGCACAGUGGAAGACGCUAAACCGGGGCCAGAUUCGACCGGAAGAAACGUCCUAUCUGGUAAAGAAUCUGGUUGGCGGACGCACGUACUACUUCCGGGUGUUGGCCAAUUCGCUCAAGAGCUAUGAAACGAGUGAGGAGAUCAAAUUUCCUGUACCGGCCAGAGUUAAACAUAAAGCCAUAACGGCAGGCGUCGUUGGAGGCAUACUUUUCUUCAUUGUAGCCAUCAUAUUGUCGAUCUGCGCCGUGAAGAUAUGUAAUAAGCGUAAGCGUAGAAAACAGGAAAAAGAACUCAACAUGGUAACGGCGAGGUUAACCGAUAGGAACGCACUUAGUCAACCCAUACCCUUGAAAAGAUAUAUGCAAGGAGAAAGAAAAGCAAGCCGUAUUCCCGGCCUAAACAUACUGAUAGCUAUAUUACACUGGAUUUGGCCACCAGGACGUUGUCAAAACUGUGAUUCUAUAUAUUCGAAUAAAUUUAUCGGCGACCAAUCGUUGAACGUGGGACAAAUUCAUCGCUCUGCCGACGGACGGUUCGUACUGUCGCAGGACCUAGUGGAUGGUAUCGUGUCGCUGCGAAACAGCAUCGUGUCGCAAUACAGCAGCAGCGACGACGGUGGCUUUCUCCCCAAACGACUUCCCUCGCUCACUAAGGCUUCCUGGCGCCGGCCACUCGUAUCCUAUCCGAGUCAGCUAAGCCUGCAACUGGAAACGACCCUGAGCAAUCAUGGCGAUGUGAUUGGUAUGGGCAGAGGGCCGGGGUUGCAGUUGGCUGAACCGCAGCAUUCCCUGUACACCAACACGAUGCCAGAGAACAACAUGAUGAUUUCGUCGAUAAGCUCCACGCUGCCACCGAUGUUGGCACAAACGAUCUACACUACUCCGUCUCGCAUUUCAAAAGUCGUGGCCAGCUCACCAGCCACCUCUAGUCCGCAAGUGGUCAACUCACCUUGGUCUCCACUGUACUUCAGCGAUCUCAGCUCAGUUCAUCAUCUCAGUUCGGCUGAGCGUUCCUUCCCGACGCCGCAGAGUGUUCACUCCGUGCAUCGGUACUACAACCAUGAGUUGCCGGUACUGCAAAGCUUGCAGCACAUGUCGGCAAAUCAUCACCACCACCAUCAUCAUCAUCAUCAUUCGACGCACGGAUUUAUACCAGUACCGGAUGUUUCCGUCAGUCUGCCGCCGUACUACUACGGCGGUCAAGCGAGCGUUGAGCUAUCUUCCUCAAUGCCCGAAUCGAAUCGUCAAAAUCUAUACCAAAACGUACCAUCAUGGGGUUAUUACGGUACUGCAACGAGAACAGCGCCAACCGGAGGCACUCAUCCAUACAGCAACAAUCGCUCAAAGCUUCUGUCGCGCUACUAUUCUCGAAGUAUGCCUCGAAACAUAAACCGUGCCAUCGUACCCGAACUUCGAUCGCCAAUGUUGAAUCUCAAUCUCAACACUACCUCACUCAGUGCCGGCGUGGGGCUUGAGAACUCGCCUCAGAGCUAUUCUAGCUCGAGUGGUUUUGGCAGCAAAAACACUUCCAGCAAUAACACACAACCGAGUGGUGGUACAUCGACAGGAACGAUUGGAGCUGCCGCUCCCGCAAUACAUCAAAACAUUUUACGAGAAUGGCGCUACUUGCCACCGUACAGACCACCACCACCUCCGCCCAGCCUUCAUCAUGCAGCCCCGCUGUCCAUCGGAGGAGGUCGUUUCGAAAAUCCGCCCUAUUCCAUGUCACACUGGUUGGAGCUAAUCACGAGGCUAAACAUAGCGUCGGAAAAGGCCAACAUCAACAACACGGCUGACGUGGGCAGUGUUGACGGGCACUACGAAUUUGAUCCUUCCACGCCAACUCCCACGGCUUCCACACCCACGGGUCUGAUACGGGAUGACUUUCAUCAUCUGAUGACGCUUCCCUCCACCUCAAGUGAUCUGCUGUGGAGUGCAACGGGCCUGACCGGUGUCGUUUCCUCGCUGAGCGGUGGAAGAAAGCGAGGCCAGUCACGGUACGACAAUAUCGAUGCACGCGUGCAAGCUAUGAAGGAGGAGUUCAAUGAGUAUCGAAAACGUCAGCAGCUACAGGCCGUCAAUGGACCGAGUGUGAUAGAGCUCGAAAGUGCCUGCUAGAGAGAAUGUUGCUUUGGUGCGAGCCACCGGGAGCGGU